AACAAUGAAUGUGAUAUGACAUGCAGUGGGAUCAGGGGGCCAAGACAGAAUAACAGAACAGGAAGAAUAUGUGCAUAUGUAAGGUGUAAGUGUUUCUCUCUUGUCUCUCUCCCUUCAGGCCACAGUAAAGCAGUGCGGGAUAUCUGCUUCAACAACACUGGGACUCAGUACAUGAGUGCAGCCUACGACCGCUACCUCAAACUCUGGGACACAGAGACAGGCCAGUGCAUUUCCCGCUUCACAAACCGGAAGGUGCCGUACUGCGUCAAGUUCAACCCAGAUGAGGACAAGCAGAACCUUUUCGUGGCCGGCAUGUCUGAUAAGAAGAUCGUUCAGUGGGACGCAAGGACAGGGGAGGUGGUUCAGGAGUAUGACCGUCACCUGGGCGCGGUCAACACCAUCACGUUCGUGGAUGAGAACCGCCGUUUCGUCAGCACGUCAGAUGACAAGUCCCUCCGCGUGUGGGAGUGGGACAUUCCCGUGGACUUCAAAUACAUCGCAGAGCCCAGUAUGCACUCUAUGCCUGCUGUAACGCUUUCACCCAAUGGUAAGUGGCUGGCCUGCCAGUCCAUGGACAAUCAGAUCCUGAUAUUUGGAGCCCAGAACCGUUUCCGUCUGAACAAGAAGAAGAUCUUCAAGGGCCACAUGGUGGCUGGCUACGCCUGCCAGGUGGACUUCUCCCCAGACAUGAGCUAUGUGGUGUCUGGCGAUGCGGAUGGGAAGCUGAAUAUCUGGGACUGGAAGACAACCAAGCUGUACCACCGGAUCAAGGCCCACGAUAAGGUGUGCAUCAGUGCCUUGUGGCACCCCCACGAGACCUCCAAGGUCAUCACCUGUGGCUGGGACGGACUGAUCAAACUCUGGGACUAGAGACAUGGGGUGGGGGCUGCAAAGGGACUCCCUCUUUUUAGGGGGAGAGGUGGUCUUUCUGUUAUGUACUUUCCCUAAUUUAGCGGCAGGCUAAAAGCCAUAGGGCUGGUAUCUAGUCCUUUUGUAACAGUGUAUAUUUCUAUCCCAUCUGAAGAGAGGACAGCGAUGUAUACAUAGAAAGAUAAACAUUUUCUCCGUGUGUUGUGUUUAUAGGGUUCUCAUCCCUCACAUGCGCUCUCUUAAUUUCAUGUUUUCUGGCUUCUGUUUUAAUCAGUGAUGUCCGUAUCAUUCACACAAUAUUUUUUAUAUUGGAAAAUAUUAUGUUUUCCAAUGUAUGUCCCUUUGUGAAAUUAAAUUUUUUAUAAACUUU